AUGCGCGUCUUACAAAUAUUUGUUACUGCCAGCUUGGCAAUGGCCGCCAACGCUGGCAUCCCCGGCGACAGCGACGGCGCCUUACCUUCCUCCGUCAGCCUCGCCUCCUCGCCAUCUUCGCUACCCGUUGCUACCGCCAUCGGCGUUGCUGCCAGCUCAGAGCCCAUUUCGAUCAACAAUGCCACCGUUGUCGCCUCGUCGCUUUCGCCCCAGACGGCAGCCGGCCCGGCCAACUCCUCCACGCACACUACAGCGCAAUCAACAGCCACACCCGAGACGACUUCCCACGCCAAUGCUACCAGCUCCAAAUCCGCCGAUGCCACGGGUGGUGCCAUUCUGCCGCAAAUGCAGGGUUCCAUGGUCGGUCUAUUGGGCUUUUGCAUCAUGAGCCUCAUGCUGCUCUAG